GACGAAAACAGUGGACCAUAGCAGUGGACCACUCACACCACGACAAUCAGGAUCGCGUUCUGGAGGAUGAGCGCGUUGCUGCGUACUAAUUUAGUGACUUCAUGCAGUAACCCCCGGUGCACCGAACGCAAAUCAGCAGAAUGAUGGCUAGGCUUUCCCUUUUCAAAGCGACCAGCAGUAUGAUCAGCAACACUGAAGAGUUCAUCUGUCCCAUUUGUCUGGAGAUUUUUCAGAAGCCAGUCACGAUCAGCUGCGGCCACACUUUUUGCAGUGGGUGCCUGGCCCAGUGCAAGCAAGAUGAUCCCAAGUGCCCACUGUGCCGGUCCACCUUUGAUCCCAGCAAAACGGUGCGGGCCAAAGACCUCGCCAAGAACAUUUCUUCACUCAAGGCUGCUUGCUCAGGAUGUAGGAAAGUGCUCUCGCUGUCCAAGCUGCGGGCCCACCACAGCAGCUGCUCAGAUGAAAUGGAGGGUGCUGCAGCUGCGCCUCCGGUGUACCAGCCUCCGCAUAGUCAGUCAUCUGGCAAGGAAAACCGGUUCACCUUUCCUUGCCCCUACUGUGAAAUUGACAACCUGGAUCUUGCUGCUUUAAGGGACCAUUGCAAUGCCAACCACUACAACAGCCCACACUCUGUGGUAUGCCCGGUGUGUGCAUCCAUGCCAUGGGGGAAUCCUCACCAGAAAUCCAUCAAUUUUCUAAGUCACCUCAACCUCAGGCACCGUUUUGAGUAUGACACUUACGUGGACUACGGCAUCGAUGAUGAUGACGCCCUGCAGCAGGCCCUGGAAGCUUCCCUCAAGGAGAAAUAAAGGCCAAAGUGGCAUUCCGGCUGUUUGGAAAGACAUAACUUUCCUGUGCUUUUUUUACCAGUCAUAAUCAGCACGAAAGAGGUCUUUCUCCUCCGAUGCUGGGUGCCACAUUUUUUUCUAUUGCAGUUUUUAAAUAUAGGUCUUUGUUGCUGCAGGAACAGCACUAUAUGUUAGCAAUGUUAACAGUGUCUCUCAGAGCUGCGAGUCUGACAAGGGUCAUGUUUGGAAACAGCAUCUUGCUUUCUAUCUCUUUAUUAAAGGGGCUGACAAGAAAAUUUUUUUCAAAGCAAUUGAACAUUCAUUGUCAGAAUUGAUUAACUAAUUUGUGGUGCAUGUGGUGAACCACCAACAAAGUGAGUGGGGGAGGGAGGCUGCACCCGUACCCAGCUACAUUGCCUCCCAAGAUUUGUGGUGUUCUGCAGGAUUUUCAUGCCGUGCUGCACCAAUCUAGGAGGCAUUGUUGUGCAACACGAUGACUUUAAAUUUUGCUGGUGCUGAAGGCACAUUUUAAAGAUAUUUUAUAAGAAGUUUAAUACAUCUGACUUAGUCAGAUGUUAUUAAACCACUGUAUAAUUGCAUGGUGCAUAUAAGUAAGGACAAAGUUCCACUGUGGAGUUUGCAGCCUUCUCUGCCAAUCUAGGUUUCUGGGUUAACCAUCCAUCACUGACUUCUGUUAAUAUGAAGAUAUACAGUCAAUCCUGGAUAUGUCGAGCUCCAAGGAGAUCGCAAAUAGUUCAAUAUAGAUCGAUAAUUCUAAUUAUAAAAUUUGCCUAUCUGAUGCUUAUGUGAAAUUUCCGCACAUCUUGGACAGUUUCUCGGGGUCGUGAAAAGAUGGUAUUUAUUGGUUUGCUACUCUAAGGCCAUGUGGAAUGCACAAAAGUUUACUUUUUUUUGCAUAAGAAUGUUGCAAGUCGCUUGUGCUGCAAAGUCUCCACGCUAACCUUAGAGACUGCGGUGCACCUUGCACGCGUUGAAGUGCUUGGUGCGCGCUUUAACAGCGAAGCUGUUUAAGCCAGCCGUAAUUUGUGGUUCGUAUCAAGAAACUAUCAUCAUCAGCAAUUAAUAAAGAAAAACUUUCUUGCUGAGGUGGGAUUCGAGCCCGCGUACCCACGGUCCCACGGCGAAUGUCGUAACCACUAGGCUAUACAGCCACGCUUGCAGAACAUGCAUUUAUGCGAACCAUCUGAUUGUCCACAGCUGGCGUGUUCGCACGCUCAUGCUCUGCGAGGUGAAGAGGAGGGUUCGCGCUAUAAGAGAAAGAGAGACAAAUUCACGUAGUGGGUUUGCUGGAACAUGUUGUCAGCAUUGCAACGCGGUGGAAUGCAGUGUAGGAAUUGGAACGCGGUGUCGGUGUUGCAAGCUGUGCUGUGCAAUGUGUAGUGACGGCCAUAAGUCCGAGACGAGCGAAAGGAAAUUAUCAUCAUUAUGAGUAAUAAGAUGAAAAGUUAGCGCACUUCCGCAAAAUGCUGGGCUGCGAUCACCCAGCUUCGCUGUUUCAAGCGUUGCGCAGCUGAGUGCAAGGUUAAGCAUUUUUUUAAUUCAGGAUAAGGUAGAAAUGAACUCGGCGCAGAAGCAAACCAGCCUGUACACAUGCCGUGCUGCAGCGCCUCAACGGCGUGAUAAGUAAUGAUCUCCCCGUUAGAAAAGCACACUUGCAGGGACACAGCAUUCGAAAUAUUGAAUGUGGCAGUGAACCGGAGUUUGAUAUAUGCAUAGUACAGCGCUAUACUUUUGCAUGAAAUUUCCAAGGGGAUUUUACAACUGUAUGAUAGACAACUUGAUAUAUAUGAGUGUAAUAUAUUCAGGAUCGACUGUAUAUCAAUUUGUCAUAAAUUUGAGUUUUCUUUGUCAAUUGUCGGUCUCUUUAGGACCUUUAGGAAACUGGGAAUAAGUCUGCGUGCAUUGUUGUCUGGGUACUUUUUCAGUCAUGCAUAUCAUUGACUUAAGUGCAGUCCUGCACUGCAGAAGCAUAUGAAAGAUGUGAAUCAUGGCACCUUAUGUCCACCCACUCACAAAUGUGCCAUGUAAGUGUAUAUACAUGUUGCUGUUUUCUGUGUUGCUCACAAGAAUGAUUUGUAGCCCUUGAAACUCGCAUGACGCAUUUUGGAAAACGUAAAACACAUGGUUAAGUGUGGCCAUACUGUGUAUCAUGGUCAUUUGCCAACCUUGGAGAUGCACCCGGUGUUUGGAGUAAUAUCUCCAGUUGAAUAAAUGACAGCGUGCUAAUAGCAUGUGUUGAAUGCCCUUAUAAAGGGCGUGCUACGGCAGUCUGAUGUGGAGUGUGUCAUCUUGGUGACACCCUUAAGACCGUGCCAUUUGUGUGUUGUAGUAGUGGCUAUUGUGGAUUGCUUCAAAGGCUGAUGGCUUCAGACAGAGUAUAUCUCGGCAUUGUUAACGACAUGGUGUUUGAAUUACCAUCAGUGUCUGUUGAAUGUUGGUUGGUACGCUGUGAAAGCAGUGACAGCUUUGAAAUAGCUAGUGUGUCUUGCAGCAAGUGUCGGGAAAGUUGUAUCUCUUGGGAUAGACUGCUUGGACAGUGUGUUCUGUUAAGCUGAAAGGUAGCCUUGCUUCAUGUCAUGGUAUCUUCCUUGUUGGCUCUUGGUUACAUAAACCUUUCACAGUUCAAAUUUCGUGUAGUAGGUAAAGAUCAUUGGGAUAUGACAUUUGCUGUUUUGCCAUAAGUAGCCUUUUAAAAACAAGCUAUUCCAAAAGUGCCAUUCAUACAUUUUGACCAAAACGAGAACAAGGUGAGAGCAGGAACCAACCAAAACUUUGGCUCCUGCUCUCACCUUGUUCUCGUUUUGCUCAUCGUCCUGAAUUUCCAUCUCCCGCAUUCCCCGUGUUUUCCCUGGAUUCAUACAUUUUAUAUUACAGCUACUGUGCAUUUAAGUUUUCUUUGAUUUCAUUGUUGACAAGGAGACACUAGAAUACAGAAAAUAGUUGUACAAAAUAAAUUCCAGACUCCAUUGUGCAGCCUCAUUUGGACGAUAAACCAGCUGGUUCAGGGUGGUAUUAGCGGGCAGCUUUAUAGCUGUCAGUGAACAGCAGGAGCCAACCUUUACGAUUACAAUCUUUUACAAACACUCUUUCUUGGACAUCUUUCUGGUGCAAUCCCCAAGAAAAAUAUUGUAUACUUCACUUGCUACUGGGAGACUGUUGCUGGUUUAUUGCCAGUGUGCUAGUCACACGAGUGAUCAGCUGGAGUGGUUAUGACGAGUAGGUUUGUGCAUUCCACUUUUUGUAAUGCAGGUACAUUACUUUUUUGUAUUGUAUUUUGUUACUAUGCAUUAAAGAAAAAAAGUGAAUGUCUUGACCUGUACUGUCACAAGUGCAAUUGCUUGGACUACUGUAGUCACAAUGUACUUAAAAAGUAACUGUGAACUAUAAGACAAGGUUUUAUGCUGUACCAUCAACCUACACGAGCAAGCAAGCUGCUGUCGGCCUUGACCAACCUGUAUUUUUCAUGCUUUUUAUACUGUCUCUAGUGUCUACAUAACCUAAUAUCUGUGCAGGGCUCAUAUGUGUAAACUGCCUGACUACAAAGAGACCUUGUGGUACAUUUAAAAGAUCAUUGCACUGAGAAUUUUAUUUUAGCACUUCAUGUUCCAAUUCUUUGAUGUUUGCUCAGUGUAAAGGCAUUUCAUUUGCAUGACACAAUGAUGCAUGUGUUGGUCAUUUCUAAGCCUUGAGACACCAUUGUGCUUUGGUCAAGUCCAAAAGCGCCAGUUCUAAUCAGAUGUGCCAUUGAGUGAACACAGUAAAAAGUGCUAAUGAAAAAAAGACAUGCAGUGUGGACAAAUUUGGUCACUUCACAGAAUAUUCAGUGGGGGCAAAAGUAAAACUUCUGUCUGACACAUGCGCAAACCAUAGAACUGUCAUUUUUACAAACCAUACAUUGCCUUUCCAUGCUUCGAGGUGUCCAUGAGCAAGUUAGAAGCUGUCGGUGUUUCUUGCACAGCUACAUGGGAUUGUUCAAGUGUGCUGCUGUUUUUAAUCUGUCGUAAAUACCAUAAAUUGGGACGAAUAGAUGUGAAGCAUUGUAAACAGGUAAAGCUAAUUGGCUGUGUCAAAAAAAAAAAAAAAAGUUUAGAAGACUUUGGCUGAGCAGGCAGUCUUUUUUUUUUCCCCGUCUGCAAGAGCUGCCAAGCAAUUCUGUUUUCAUUUAGCCAUCUUUGCAUAAUGUUCCCAUAGCUAAAAAGUCAAUUUAAAGCUUAGCAAAAGUUAAUUGAGGGGGCUUAACCGACUUAAAAAACGCCUGUUCUACGAAAGACACCACAAUGGGGGGCUUCCAACUUAUUUUGACCAUGAAAUUAGAAGUAUGCAUUUAAUAAAACUACUAAGUGUGCCCUCCAAUUUACCUUGGCCUUUGCAAAUUGCCUUUCUCUGCCAAAUGUCACAGUGCGAACUGCAGGCAGCCAUGUACCAUGUACGCAGCCCAACGUCAAGACUGUUGUGCACAUAUAGUGCAGUGUAAUCUCGUUAAUUUAAACCUGCUUUAUUCGGACUGACGCUGUGGUCCUGUCAAAAUUUUGUAUUUCAAGGUGCGAAAACGCCUGGUAAUUCGAACGCAUCUGCGUUUGUGAUGGUUAAUUAAACAUCCUGCACCCACCAACCAUGCUCUCAGCAGUGGGUAAACUCUCACGCCUGCCGCUACUCUUGCCUCCCAUUGGAAGUGCCUUAUUCCGGCGCGUAUAACUUGCGGCAAAAAUUUAAAAAAAAAAUGUCUGGGUGUGGGUUAUACGCUAAUUUUGCCUAUUAGUGUGGCUGGCACGUGCUGCCAUGAAGCCACACUUCCGGAACUUGUCACUCGUGUUAGCUCAGUGAACACGUGCCACCUAAUGCAAUGCUGCACCUAGGUCCUCCAUUCAAAUGAGCUUCCUUUAAUUCAAACUGUUUAAUUUGAACAAAUUUUUGGGCCUUGUAGAGUUUGGCGUAUUGAUAUUCGACUGUUUCCGGGAGUUAAAAGCAAUAAUUUGUUUCACUUUCUCCCCUACACUGAUAAUGGGAGUAUUUAGUUUUCAACAGCAAAAGAUAUGUUCAGUUUGGUCAUUUCACACACCAUCGCCCCCCCUCCCCCCCACAUACACACCAACGAGCAUUGCUCUGUGAAUGUGUGGAAAUAUUCCCUGCUGGUGAAUGCUUCUACUAAUAUGUAUGGCCUGCCAGGCACACUCCUUUUGCCACUGUGAAAGGUAUAGUAUGUCACAUGUUGGCUUUCUCCUGCAGUGGAAGGUCGAGUGCACUUGCAAAUUUGACUUCCUUUUGAAACCCCCGUUUCUUUUUUUACAGCUUUUGUCUAAUAUGCCACCAUAAGUGCAUCUUGCACAUUCAAAUGUGUUGACAAACAGCACCUUGCCCUGCCCUUGCAGUGUGCCCAUGUAUGAAGCCUUGCUGAGCAUCAUUUCAAGCCAAAUUUUAGCCAGUGAAAAAUGUUUGCUUGAGAUUUUGCAGGGGCUGGAAAUUUACAUUGAGCUUCCACACAAUGUAGACAACUUAGUAUUUGUUUCAAGUUCUGUGCACCAGAAGAUGACCUGCCCAACAAUGUUGAUAUUGGUAAGCAGGAGUUGCUGCUCUUGCAUAAGUCGUGGAGAGUCUUCCCAUGUGGUGUUUAAUGGACACUUUUCAUUUUUCACUUUUGUACACAGUUUGUAAAUAACCUCUAUUCAAUAAAAUUCUUUUGAAGAA